AUGCCGAUCACCAGCGAUAUGAUCCUUGAUAUCUGCAAAUUCAGCCCAGAGAGCUUUACAGAGCCAACGAAGAAUGCCGCAGCACUCCUAGAAAAGAUCGGAACCAAUGGGCCCCGAUGGUGGGAGGUUGGCGUUGAAAAAUAUCGUGAAAUGGUCGAGCUUGGCCAGACUUGGCUACCCAAGCCAAUCUCUCUGCCGGGGGCUUUGGAUGGUGCAAUUCCUUCGCGAAAAGCUGGUCGCGAGAUACCCAUCCGCAUCUACAGGCCUGAUAAUGGUCAACCCAGCAAAGGCGUCUUCUUGCACUUUCAUGGGGGCAGUUUUGUACUAGGAACGCACAAACACUUCGAUACCCUCCUACGGAAAUACGCCAACGAGUGCCAGUUGACGGCCAUCUCAGUAGGAUACCGUCUGGCACCAGAGCACCCAUACCCGGCCGCUACUCACGACGCCAUCGAUGCUGCUGAAUACAUGGUAGACUACGCGGUAGAGGUAUUUGGUGCCCCUCUUCAGUUCAUCUGUGGAGAAUCAGCAGGGGGCUGUCUUGCCAUUCUCUCAGCUCUACAGCUGAUGCGCUCACGACUGUCUUACAAAUUAUCGGGACUCAUUCUUCCCUAUGGAUAUUUCGAUCUUGCUCUCGGUCUUCCCACGAUGAUAAAUUCGACCAAGUCCCUCAUGAUAAAUUUGAAAAUCAUGGAGCGGUCCAAUGAUCUAUAUGUGCCGGGCAUGAGCAUCGCCGAGCUCAAAAAUCCUCGUGUUUCCCCACUAUAUCAGGAUCUACGCGCACUUGUUGCAGACCCCUCUACUGGGUCGUUACCACCUGCUAUCUUCCUCUGUGGGUCAGAGGAUCCGUUGCUUGAUGAUACAGUUCUGAUGAGCUCUAAGUGGAGCAUUGCCGGUGGAGAGGCUAUCGUGAAGAUCUACCCUGGUGCCACUCAUGGUUUUACUUUUCUCCCUGGCCUGCCGGUCGCGGAGGAAGCAAAUGCGGUGACCUUGGAAUUUUUGCAUGAGAAGUUAAGCUAG